AUGGAUGCAGUGAAUAUUGAACAAAUAGAUCAAGAGAUCACGUUAAAUUUACAAUCAAUCGAUUCAGACCUCUCGUACUGUUUCAACAAGAUAACAAAGGAUAUAAUACCGUACGUGACGCGAUAUGGACAGACUUGUGAAGAUAUCACGAAUUCUAGUUCGUGGCUGAAAGAAAUGUUUCAGCAGAGUGCUAAUGUUCAGUUGGUGACGGAUCAGGCUGUGGAAUCUGCGGGUCAGGUUUUGGAGCCCCGGACUUCCUUAUUUCCAGAGGUAGAAAACGAAACUGAUGAGUUCCAUACAGUCGAUCAAUACCCUGCUUUAUCUCAAACCGGAGUAAGUUCCGCUGGUGCCCCCACCACGAAAACAGGAGGAUCGGUAAAACAGGAUCAAUUUCAAGAUCAGGAUACCGAUGAGUUGACUCAGGAUAGUGCAAUGGAAAAACAGAGGAAGAAGAGAAAAGUUUCGUUACAAAUUCACCAACAUUUCAAUUCGUCGUCAUCUUCUAAUUCUUCAAUGGAGAAUGAUAUCUCUGCAAACAGUUCCCCAAUAAAGACGAUCCCCCCGGAAACAGAAACUGGGACAGAAACACAUAACAAAAUCCAGGGCGAAUUGGCCAAGCCGGGAACCGUUAUUCAUUUUAACAGCAAACGCGAUUGA